AUGUGGCGCCGUAGUCAGUGGCUCUGCGCCCCGCCCAAGGUGGUAUGUUUAACGAUGAUCCCCGGUGGUGGGGCGAUGACGGAGGCGCUGCAGCAGCUUGGAUACAAACCUUACACAUUCCUGCACACCUUUUCGAAGGGCCGGGUGAGCACGCACCCACAGGAGUGGUGCAUGGUGCUGGAGAAGAAGAAACCGUUCGACGCCGCUAUCCUCGAUGACGCACAAGGCGGGGCGAAUUGCAGUAGUAGCAGCAACAAGAGCAACAACAACAAGGAUACUGACAGCAGUGCGGGUUUUGACGCCCUGGUAGGUCCACCUUGUACGUUGGCAUUUGAAGCGGUAUUGAAGGAGUGCCCACGCAGCACACGCGUCAUUCUUGUGGAAGAAACGGACAAGGACGCAUGGGCCCUGGAUGCUGCAGCGCUCUGGGAGCCACUGCUGCGACAAACUGAGCGCGCGGCAAAACGACAGGCAGGUAAGCACCUCCACCAGAUGAUUCUCAAGAUGACGAUGGGUAUGACGGGUACGAACCGCAAGUUUGGCCCGGCCGCCUCGCUGGAUAUGUUAGAGGAGCACGUAAAGGCGACUGUGCCAAAGGACAGGCUGCUCGUGUAUCGCUACGGGGAUGGCUGGGAGCCUCUCUGUAGUUUCCUCUCAAAACCGCUUCCUAUGUUGUCUGGUGGGGAUGUUAUGCCCUUCCCCCCGCGCAACAAUGGAACGGAUGUGGUGGCGCACUUAAGCAGUCAACUACAGCGCGUGGAGCGUGUGGUGGUGUGGGUGACUUGCUUCCUCAUCGCCGCGAUGGUGGUGCUGUACACCCCAUUCUGCACGCAGUUGCGCGACAUUGUAGCGGCGUACUACGAUGACUACCGUGAGGCCUUUGACCCUGUGAUACGAGAGAAUGAGGGGAAGGGAAUUACGCUUCGGCAGGCGCUGGUGCUGGCGAAGAACACCACUAUGACGUUUGAGGAGAAGUGGCGCGUGCGUGGCGGCGUUUUCGGGACGAUGGGCGAGGCGUUGAGCAAGAUCGGCGAUGACGGCUCAGCAUCAACAGCAGAGGAGGUGGAAAGUAGGGAAAAGACAGUGGUGUAG